UUUGCAGUAUCAUUUAUCGAUCAUUUGGUUUUAAAAGGCGUUUAGUUUCAGAACCAUGGUAUCUAUCCAUAAUUCAUUCAUCUUAUUGAUGUUAAUGAUAUCAAUUUGUUUUUGUGAGAAAUGCCUGACCAAUGAAGAAUGCGAUUUGAAAUGGCCAGACGCAAUAUGUGUUCGUGGAAGAUGCCGUUGUUCUGAGAAUACAAUUCGAAAGAAAAGUGCAUCAAGAGAAUGGGUUUGUUUGGCAACUAAUGAUGCAACCGGCAACUCGGGUCCUCCAUUGACAUGUCCAACUCCGGAAGGAGCUGGAUACCAAGUAAUGUACCGAAAAGAUGGAGAACCGGUGAAAUGUUCGAGUAAAAAGAAGCCAGAUACGUGUCCAGAAGGAUUUGAAUGUAUUCAGGGAUUAUCAAUUCUUGGAGCAUUGGAUGGAGUUUGUUGUCCUGAUAGAGCCAAAACAUGCGUCCACCCAAUAUUCGAUCAUCCGGAUGAUGGAUAUCUGUCUAGAUGGGGAUUCGAUGGUGAACAAUGUAUUGAAUUCAAAUGGAAUCCCGAAAGGCCGUCAUCGGCAAACAAUUUCAAAACUCGCGCACAUUGUGAGGAUUACUGUAUCGGUUCGAUAAAUGGAAUUACUAAUUAUCAUCAGUCCAACUUUCAUCUUUUCUGAGGUUUUUGGUUCCACACUUUAAUUUAUUUUUCUCAUAAUUUUUACAUCGAUUUUUUCAACCAAUAGACGUGCAUAAUUAGAAA